AAUUUCAUUGAUUUUAAAUAUUCUAAAAAUAAAAUGAUGUGUGAAGUUUUAUUGUAGUGCAAUAUUCUAGGAAGCCAUUCUGGUUUUGAUCUUCGUGAUAAUUGUUGUGCGACUAUCUCUUGAUGCUUAUCAACAUGGAUGGCCCUUCUGCAAAGAAAUCUACUUCUUUCGAGACGUUGGUCAUACAAAACAUUGAAAAUGUGUGCGAUCUAAAGGCGAAAUUGAAUGAAAUCAUUUCGUCGGGUAAAAGUUAUGAAUACGACGUCUCUUCGUGUCUCAAAGCUUUACUGAAGAACAACGACCAAAUUAUAGUGUUACUGACUGUACAAGCGAUAUCGGAGCUCGCAAAAUGUGAGAUAAAACGCGAAUUUUAUGCUGAAAAAGAUGUAAUUGUACCUAUUUUAUCAUUGUUAAACAAGGAGCUAUCUUUGGAAAAGAUAGAAGUAUAUAAGCAAUGCUGCAGAGCCCUGGGGAAUCUGUGCUGUGACUGUGAUACCGCUAGGAAAAUAAUACUCCAACACAAUGGUGUUGAAACACUGAAUAAUGUAUUAGGAAUAUCUAUAAGAGAUAAAAAGUUGCCUUUAGGUGCAAUAAAGCUUUUUGCUUGUAAAACCUUGUUGAAUUAUGCUAUUGGAGGGCUUGAAUUCUCUGAAUCUUUAGUCAAAGGUGGUGUCAUAGACACUAUAAGACAGAUAUUAUCUAUGGAAGCGGAGCGAGAGUUGAUGGAAGAUGACUUGGUAUCUACAGUCUUGUUGAUACUGAGUGUGGUGAAUGACAAUGACCCAGAGUUCUUGUAUGAAGAGCAGGUCAAUCUUGCUGUGUUCCAAGUUUUGAAGGAGACAACCAAUGUUGAGGUGUCAGAGCUGUGUUUUGAGCAUUUGCAUACUCAGGCAGAACAUGAUUCAGUCAAAACCCUGUUAGCCAAAGAAGGCAGGGUGAAGCUUGUGUGUCUGCGCAUAGAGCAGCUCCUGCAGAAGCAUGAGGCAGGCAACAUGAAUAUGGAGGACAGUGAGAUAGACACUGUCAUGAAGCAUGCGUGUGACUUGAUCAUUAUAGUUCUCACUGGGGAUGAAGCCAUGGAUAUCCUGUACGCGCAUGGCAAAGGGGAGGUGUACAGAACUAUGGUGCGUUGGCUGGACUCCACCAACUACCAGCUGCUGGCCACGGCAGUGCUGGCUGUGGGCAACUUUGCGCGUCGCGACCAACACUGCGCACAUAUGAUGAACGAUCACAUCUUUGACAAGUUACUUGACAUUUUCGAACAGUACUACAGCUACAGCAUACCCCAAAGCGAGAAACCCCACAGUCCAGACAAAGCUACGGUGACCAAAGUCCAGCAUGCAGCAUUGUCAGCCCUGCGGAACCUCACCGUCCCUGUGGCCAAUAAGAGGCUUGCUGCUGAACAGGGCAGGGCCGCGCCGAUGCUGAUCAGCGCUCUGCCCAAUGUGGAAGACCAGCAUGUGGCUUACAAGCUGUUGGCAGCAGUGCGGAUGUUGGUCGACGGACAGGAGGAAGUGGCGAAACAAGUGGCGUGCAAUGUGGCCGCGUUGCGUGGCGUGGCUAAAUGGGGGGGUGCAGGGGGUGCGGGCGCGGCGGCCGAGGCUCCCCGGCUACUGGCGUGGACGGUGCGCCUGAUACCCCGGGACGCGCUGCUGCGGAAUCUGUUACUGGCGGAAGGCUGCGUGUCCUGUCUCGUCAACAUGCUAGUGGCAUCUCACUCUGUCAUGCAGAACGAGGCUAUUCUCGCUCUCACUCUAUUAGCAGUUGCGCCGCUAAACGACGCAAGCCCCACCAAAGACCGAUCUGAAGUGGACUUUAACGCCCAGCUAAUAAAGUCCGAAAUCGGUAAGCACAUAUCCGUACUUAUCGAUACGAACUGUUCGAAAAUGCCUACACAAGUCGCUGAGAACUUGAUAACAUUCCUCGAUAUAACUUCAAAGGACAAUACUAUAGUUUCUGACUACAAAGAUGCCAAAGUAAACGUUUCCUUGCAGAAAUUCGUCGAGUCUAGAAACGAUCUGAGCGAUGAUAUGAAAGCGUGUGUUAGUAAAAUUAUAAAGGUUGUAUCGGAUAAGGAAUGAAAGGAGUUGGAACGUACUUUUUGAGUUCCGAUUCAAAGCUGCCGAAGGGUUGACAGUGAGUUCAAAGAUUUACUGAAGCAAAACUUCUUUAGGCGCGAUUUGACAGUAAUUCAGAUAUCUUUUCGAACCCAAGUAACGUCAAAGAAGUUUUACUUCAUCCCUGCGUUACACGAGCUAUUCUUAUUGUUUCAGUGCUAUCCUUUUCUGCAUGGAACAUUGUGAAAAAGAUAGCACUACUUUUUGAAACGGUUAGUUUUUAUAAUGGAUUUCAAUCCUUUGUUGUUAAAUUUUUUUGCAAAUGUAAAA